ACAUGUAAAGCAGAUCUAGUCAGACACAAGCCUGAUGGUUCUAGCUAUUUCGUGUCGUCUCUUAUAAACCCUACUGCGCGCACAUUUUUUCUCGUCUCCUUCACGCCAAAACCCUAGCCUCUUCUAUUCUUCCAUCAAUCACCGCCGCCCCAAAAAUGACUGGAGAAACAGUGAAUCCAAAAGCUUACCCUUUGGCGGAUGCACAACUUACGAUAACGAUAAUGGAUCUUGUUCAACAAGCUGCUAAUUACAAGCAACUCAAAAAGGGUGCCAAUGAAGCUACGAAGACACUUAACAGAGGCAUUUCUGAGUUUGUUGUGAUGGCUGCAGACACUGAACCACUUGAGAUUCUUCUUCAUCUUCCUUUGCUUGCUGAGGAUAAGAAUGUUCCUUAUGUAUUUGUCCCAUCAAAACAAGCACUUGGACGCGCAUGCGGUGUGACCCGGCCAGUGAUUGCAUGUUCUGUGACAACCAAUGAGGGAAGUCAACUCAAAUCUCAAAUACAGCAACUGAAGGAUGCUAUUGAGAAACUAUUGAUCUGAAAGAUUGAUUUCGGUAUGAUGGGCUUCUUGAGUUUGCUGAAUGCUCCUUUUGAGGCUUUGACUGGACGAGUUGUGUUCAACUCGAAAAGGUGCUUUAGAUGUAAACAUACAUUAAUAUUUAUAUCCACUGUUUGAGGAUUGAAAGUGCAAUUUUUAAGUUUGCGUGCUCGUGUAAUGUCUUAAACUUGUGUACACUAUAAAUGCUAUUUUGGAAAGUGCUGAGUAAAUUUAAAUUGUGUGUGAAUUUUUCACUCGCUAUUUUGGAUAAGUCGAGGAUA